AUGCCUCCAGUACCACAAUCUCAAGGUCAUCCCGGUGGCCAGACCGUCUGGAAUAAGCUCCAGAUGGGAGCUAUGAUGGGUGGCACUGUCGGUACUAUAUUGGGAUUUAUGUAUGGCACACUCACCAUCAUUAAAUUCGGUCCUGGCCCCAAUGGAGUGUGGAGAACUCUGCGUACAUAUAUGCUCACUUCAGGAUCUACUUUCGGGUUCUUUAUGGCUAUUGGAAGUACCAUUCGUUCCGAUAGUAUUGCAUCUCCAGAGACAAUGGCAGCAUUUGGUCGUGCGAACCGACGUCCUUUGAUUAUGAAUCGCCCAUACCGUUCUUCGCGGACGUCAUAA